AUGAAGGAAGAGACUAUUCUGGGUGGCGCCAAACGCUGUUUGCUUUUCGAUCGCGCACAGGUCCUUCAGAAAUGCCAAAAAGUACCGAUAAUCACGAAGUUAGUGGAAAUGGAAUCUGCGCAACCAUUCGUAUCACGCAAUCCUAAUCGUGCGCGUGAGAUGACUAGAAACCAUGGGAGAUUCGUACUGCAUAUUAAUUUGAAAUCAAAGUCAGUGAAACUCCUGGGACGCAUAAAAUUCGGGAGGGACUUACCUUUGCCAAUUCAUCCAUUGCCGCCAGCGGAUUGGAUCGAAGUUGGGUCAAAACAGAACGGGUUGAAUCUGGAGCGGAAUGCAUCGACUUUUCUGGGGAUGACCGGGGUUCCGCCAUCGAACUGA